AUGAAUAAUAGCUUUAUACAAUGUAAAAAAUCAAAUGAAGAAUAUACCGAAAAUUUAGAAUGGAGAAAAAAUUUAAUAUUAGUUUUUGAAAAACUAGGGGAAAAAGAGCAAUCAUCACAAUCACUACAAUAUUUAAUUAAUCAGCUUCAGCAAAUGAAUACAAGUCAAAUCCCAUUUUAUAUGGAUUGCAUUUUGGAAAAUAGCGAAAAUUUUAAUAAUUUAGGUAAAAAAGAAGUCAUUAAACUAUUGGGCAUAACUAUAUCGAUGUAUAAGAAUAAAGUUAGUGGUUUUUUAACAAAGAUCAUAUCAUUUUUGGUAAAGAGGCUAAAUGAAUUACAAUCGUGUGGACUAUUAGAAAUUACAUUAGAAACAUUAGGUAUUACAUGCGGAAAUACAAUAAUCGAACAAAAACAUUUACAAAAAAUAGGUUUAAAUUUAUCAACUAUUGGUGGCAAUGCCAGUAGUGGAAUAAAUCCAAAUAGUUUAAUUGAUAUCUAUUUAAAUCCAAUUUUUGCUUUAUUUAAUCAACCAAGUAGACAUAUACAGAUAGCAGGUAUUUUAGCAUGUCAGAAAGUUAUAGAAAAUGUUUAUGAUGUAAAUAAUUUAUUAAGGCCCCAGGUAAACAAAAUUUUAGGACAAUUAUUAAAGAAACUAACCAUAUCUGUGGUGCCUAUUCAAUCCUCAUCCUCAAUGUCAUCUUUCCCCGCCCAAUAUUGUAUACCCCACACCCUAUCGACCAUUUCAAGUUUGUUUAGAGUUUUAGGUCAAAACUAUUUCCUAUAUCAUUGUAUAUUGCCAACCUCUACAGUAGAUCAAAUUCAAAACAAUGUAAUCUCAAAUUGCUUAAGAACUUUAUUUUCAAAUGAUUGGACCGCUCGUUUUUCUGCAUGUUCGUUAUUAUUAACUAUUAUAGAAAUUUUACCACAAUACUUUUUUCAAAAUAGACUAAAUGAAAUUUUAAAAUCUUUAAAUGAUUGUAAAUAUGAUAAAAUAAAAUCAAUUAGAGAUAGUGUAAAUAAAUCAAUUCGAUUAUAUAAUCAAAUAAAUUUAAAUUUGGAUGAUCAGGUUAUUCCAACUACACCCUCACAUAUAGAGGCCAAAUUUAAACUACAAGAACAACAAAAUCAUUUUCAAAACAAUAGUGUAUAUAGCUCACCAAAUAAAAUCCCUCAAACCCCACCAUUUUAUUCAUCAUCUCAAUAUAAAAAAACCAUUGGUUCAUCAUCUGCAUCCUCAUCUACAAUUAGCUCACCUUCGACCCAAUCCCCAUCACUUUUAUCCUCUAACACAAGAAAACAUCAAUUAAAUACAACAACAACAACUACUACCUCCACAUCAUUAAGCCAUCCAUCAUCCCCAACAUUCAAACCCAUAUCUUCCUAUAGUGCUUUUUCUUCACCAAACCUUAAAUCUAAAAACCAUAUAUCCUCAUUAACAUCCACAUCUUCAUCUACAUUACAAUCAUCAGUGUCACCCAAAACCACCCAACAUCCAAGCUCACCUGGUUUCAAAUCACUCCCAGUUGGCUCAUACGCAUCACCACCAAGCUCCCCAUCAUUCAAUAUAAACUCUACAUCAUCAUCACUUUCAACAUCACCAUUAAUAUAUUCCUCGACCAACGGCGAUAGAAAAGAAACCAAAACAAAUACCAAUUUAUUCAGAGAUAUAUUUAAUCAGCACCAGCAACAACAAAUACAGCAACAACAGCAGCAAAUACAACAAAAACAACAACAACUUGAAUACCAACAAAAACAAAGGCAUCUACAACAACAACAAAAAACACAUCUACAACAAAAACAACAUUACAAUAGUAUAUUUAAUGAUAACUUUAGCAUUGUAAAUAAUAUAGACGACAAGGAACACCAUGAAGAGGAUGGCGAUAACAAUACUAAUGGUGAUGACGAAGAUGAAUAUAACAUUCAUAUAAAAAAUCAUAAACAUCACCUUUCAUCAACACAUAAAAUACUUGAUGAAAAUGAUCACUCAUUAUUUGAUCAUGAUUUUAACAACCUCUCAAUAGAUAAUAUAAACAGUGACACAAAUGUUUUAACUCUAUCAUCAUUAAAACCAAACCCUACAUCACCCUUGCCAACCCCUAUCAAAACAGGAACUCCACCUUUAAAGCCAUCAAACGACACAACAUCAACCUCCAAGGUGUAUAAUGAUAACAAUAGUAGCAAUAUGAAUAAUGUAAAUAAUAUAAACAAUAGUAAUAAUAAUACAAAUAAUAUAAAUAACAGUAAUAUCAAUAUAAACUCAUUAUCACCUAAAUUAAACAUCAAAUCUAAAGAAACCUUAAAUACUACAACGACAAAUACGACAGAAGAAAAAGAAACCGUCAAAAUAUUAAAUGAAAUGAUGCAAACAAUGAACGAUUUUAUGAUUGAAACUAGAGAGAGUAUUGGCCAAAUCAAAAAUAGACUAACUGUAGUGGAGUCCUCAGUUCUAACGCUACAAAAAUACUAUUUAUCAAAAUAA